UUCUGUGCGUAGUGGCGAACGAAUCAGUCAGUCAUUAUUAUACCGGAUUAAUAGAGUUAUGAAAAAUAUACGGUAUUUUUAAAGUGCAGUGCAGGGUGAAUGAAAAACAGCUCAUCCAGCGCCAUCAUAAUCAAAUAUUCAUAAAAUUAAGAAAUAAAAAAAAAACAGAAUGUUUAAGCAAAUGCAACAAAUUUGCUUGCUGCUAACAUAGUUAAAAACAAAAAACAUUAACAAAGUGUAUGGUAUGCAUCAUAAAACAACAAUAAUUCAUUGCUUAUAACAAUAGCAAACAGCAGCAUAUAACAGCAAAACAUCAUCAGCAACAAAAAUAUGUAAUAAUAUCAAACCAUUAACAGGAAACAACAAAAAAGAAAACCAUUUAAUCAUCAUCAUCAUCAUUAUUAUCAUCGUUAUUGUUUGUUAUAUUAAACUUACUCUUUGUUUCAAUUUUUUGUUCUUUCUUCUACUUGGACUCCAUUUUCUAUUUAUUAAAAAUAACUACAACAACUAGUUCAAAUAUGAAAUGAACAACAAUAAUAUGAACAAAAAAAAAAAGUAUUCAAACAAAAAAACAUGUUCUCUACAGGAUAUAACAGGAUAAAACCUAAAGAAUACAUUGUGUUAAUGUUCGUGAAAAAGCAAUAAAGAGUUUAAUGCUACAAAUUUGUGCAAAUAAAGUGUUUUGUUUAUCUGAAGAGUGCAAUAUUAAUUAUUACAUUUUAUUAAAUCACUAAACACCAUAAAAUGUUUAAUAUAAUAAAGCAGUAAUUAAAUUAAAACAAAUUAAAAUUAAAUUCAUAAAACAAAAGAGCUUAAAUCAAAUUUGAAAAAGCAACAAAAUCUAUAUACGUUUAAUCAAACCGCAAAAGUAUGCAUAAUAAAACCACAAUUGUUUAACACAUAAUAACCCAACAAACAACCAAGCAAAUAUUCUUCCGCAGCAGCAGCAUUAAAAAAUCAAUUUCAUAAAAUAUUCUAUAAUAAAAAAAAAUUACAAAAAAAUAUAUAUUCCUAAAAGAAUCAAAAAAAGAAAGAGUGAAAAAUAUUAUAAAUUGUGUAUUGUGUUAAAGUAUAAGAGUUCUCCAUUUUGUGCUUCAAUAAAAAUGGCAGUUGCCCAAAAAUAAUUCUAUAAAAAUAAAACGCAAAAAUAAAGAAGAAAGAGUGAAAGCUAUAAAAAAUGCCAAAAAUAAAGUAAAGAAAUUCUUAAAAUUUAACAAAAGCCAAAGAUACUUAUUUGACUAUAUAACACCAAACAAAAUAACAGAGCUGUAAUACGACCAACACCAGCAGCAGCGUUAUUUACACACUCACACCAGCAGCAGCAACAAAAAUAGCAACAACAAGAUCCUUGGAAUGCGACCCGAGUGGACAAUAUAGCGCCAAAUAAUGAACCAAAUAUAGAUAAUAAAAAGAAAGAAAUACUUUCCUACAGACUCUAUACAAUUCAAAGAGUAAUUGAUGUUUUGUAAAGACAAAUUUACUGGCAAAUAAACGCUGGAGUUGGCAAGAAGAAAGCGUUCCAAUAAAGUCAUAACAAUUUAUGCUCAACCGCAAAGUAUAAAGAAGAGAAAAAAAGUAAAAGUAAAGCAAAUCUUAAAUCCUUUUUAUUACAUUGCUAAGGUAAAAAAUUUAACGGAUUAAAAAAAGGACGAAGACAAGAAUAAACACGAAAAUAAAAGAAAUACUAUUGUAGCAGUAUUUUACUGCUUAAUGUUGUGUGACUGAUAGAAAAGUUAUUUCAGUAUUCUUUCAAAUAUAAAAUAAAAUCUGAAAAAAUUUAUUUUUUUAAAAGAAAAGAAAAAAACUAAAAAUAAAAUUUGUGGAAAUCUAAAUUUAAAGAUUUUAAAUAUAAAUAGCAGGUAGUGUUAAAAUCAAAAAAGGAAAUAAAAAGGAUUUACUAGUGUUUUAUAUUAAGCUUAAGGCUUCAAAAAACUUUUAAAAUUUCAAGUGAAAAAAAGUGCUAAAAAACAUUCAAAUCUUCCCAAAAGCAGCUGUUUGGAAUAAAUAAAAUUUCCAUCACAAAAUGCAGACAAACGUACAAAUUGAUUCGAAAAAUCUUCGCAACAAUGAUGAUAAUUUCCGCACCCGUGGUCAUCAUAUCACCAUAGAGGAAUUGGUGGCCAUUUCCCCUGAAAGGCGUAAUUGGCGUGGUAUUUUUAUAGCAUUAUUGGUCAUAGCAGCCGUAUUUAGUUUAAUUAUAUUUUCCAUAUUUUUAUUAUCGCCAGAGGAUGAGGGCCUUCGCAUACGGGGCAGCAGAUUAACAUUAAGUGAUAUUUUAGGUAAACGCUUUCAAUGGAAACCAUUCAAUGGCACUUGGCACAGUGACACUGAAUUAGUAUUUCGUGAUCCCAGUGGUGGUUUAUCCAUAGUAAAUUUAGAUAAUUAUACAACACGAGUUUUAAUGACCAAUUCAACAUUUCGCCAACUGAAUGCUGAAACAUAUUUAGUAGCACCCGAUCUUAAAUAUGUCUUACUGCAGUCCGAUAGUAAUGCGGAGGGAUCAAGACAUCAUGUCUUUGAGGUGCAAACAGCAAAUACAUUUCCCUUGGGACCAACGGAAAAUAUAGCAGAAGCACCACGCCUGCAAUUUGUUUUAUGGGCUCCCUACAACAAUCAUUUAAUACCUAGUAGUAUUGGUGGCAAUGUAAAUAAUGGUGGUGCCAACACAAAUUCCAUUUCUUCUUCCUCAUCAGCUCCAAACACUCCCACAACUUCUUUGCCCACACCCACAAAUGGUAGUCCGCUGUUGAAUAGUCUUGGUAGUGGUGCCAGUAUGGCAAAUUUAGUUAAACCUCCACCACCCAUACAACUGCAACAACAGAAUCAAGAUGCUUCAGCGUCCAUACUAAACAAUGGUUUGACUAAAGCUCUGGCCCAAAAUCAAGCCAUUGCUUUUGUCCACGAGAAUGAUAUCUACUACAAACCUAAAGUUCAGGGAGAACUUGUGUGUCGUAUUACAACAACAGGUCAAGCUGGCAUUGUUUACAAUGGCAUACCAGAUUGGACGUAUGAAAAUGUACCGGAAUUGGAUAGUCGUGGCGGUAGUAUGGCAUUUUCACCGGAUGCUUUAUAUUUGGCAUUUCUUACAUUUAAUGACAGUGAUGUCAGCGAAUACAAAUAUACUUGGAUGGGUGAUGAUUUAAAAUAUCCAGCUGUUCUCACACAACGCUAUCCCAAAGCGGGCUCUGCUAAUCCCAAUAUAACUGUUAAUGUUGUAAAUCUAUCCGUCCUCAAAUAUAUUUUCCCCACACAAAUCAAACUUCCACCAGAACUGGCAAAUGGCAGCUAUAUUGGUGGUCUUACUUGGGCCACACCCAUUGACUUGUCGGUAACGGUAACAAAUCGCGCACAGACCAAAGCUCAUACGGUGCUUUGUAGAGCUCCCGAAUUUCUUUGCAAUAUCGCACACACCGAGGUAACCGUUAAUGAUGGUUGGGUUUUGCCCGCAGAACGACCCGUAUUUUCGGCCAAACUAAAUAAUCAAUUGAAAAAUCAAUCGAAUAAUACAAAUAUUAAUGAAAGCUUCCAGAAUAUAACGAAUGGUCAAACAACUUAUGAAAUACCCAAUGGUGGUUAUUUACUCAAACGUCUUCCGGUACGAGAUGGUGAACAUGGCCAUUUUCGUCAUGUAGUUUUUAUUUCAUCGGUGGAUCGUAGACCGGUGCCUCUGACAAUGGGACGGUUUGAAGUGACCGAAAUUGUUGGUUGGGAUGAGGCCAAUGAAAUUGUCUACUUUAUGGCUGCUCCUGAGAAGCGACCUGGUGAAAGGCACCUCUACAAGAUCAGCCUUAAGUUGAAUGUUACGAAAACUAAUCGCACUUACAUAACCUCAUCACAACCCACAUGUCUGACGUGUGAUAAUACGCCCAGCACCUUUAAACUUAACAAUGGUCGUCCGGCCAAAGAUCCCGAAGAUGUGGACGACGAUGAAGAGGAAUGCGUCUACAUAAUACCCAAAAAUUGUCUCUACAAUAAAGUUUAUUUUAGUAAAGAUUUUUCAUAUUAUGUACAGGAAUGUUUGGGUCCAGAGUCGCCCAGUGUUUAUUUGGUUGAUACCCAAACGAAUCUCAAGACAAUCGUUCUAAAUGCUGGCGACAGUUUAAGACACCGUCUGCUGCAGUUUGCUUUACCCCAGAUAAGAACAUUUAAUGUGGAAAUACGUCAUGGCUUUCAUGCUCAGGUGAAACUGUAUUUACCACCCGGAAUGAAAGAGGACGAAGAAGUAGCUUUUCCCAUGAUAUUGCAAAUAGACGCUUCGCCCGGUUCUCAGUUGGUUAAUGAACGUUUUCAAGUAAAUUGGAAUUGGUAUCUGUGUAGUCAACGUUCCUUUAUUGUGGCACAAAUUGAUGGACGUGGUAGUGGCUAUCAAGGUGAACUGCUGCGUACCCAAGUUCAUGGCAAACUUGGUACAGUCGAAGUAGAGGAUCAAUUAGCAGUAUUAACUUACCUGCGUGACAAUUUGAAAUUUAUUGAUCCCUCACGUAUCUGUGCUUAUGGUUGGGGUUAUGGUGGCUAUGCCACAGCCAUGACUUUAAUCGAUGAUUCCCAGCAGGUGUUGAAAUGUGGCGUAGCUGUUAAUCCUAUAGCAUCAUUUGGUUAUCAUUAUUCAUUUUUUACUGAACGUUAUAUACCACUGAAAGGGGACUAUUUGCGGGCGCUGCAAGAAGCUGAUUUAACAAUGAAGGCUGGCAAUAUAAAGGGUAGAAAUUUAAUGUUAAUACAUGGCACAGCAGAUACAUUUGUGCAUCAGGAUCAUACGCUUAUGUUGGUGAAAGCUUUAGUCGAUCAGGAAGUUAAAUUUAGGCAUCAGGUUUAUCCUGAUGAAGAUCAUUUAAUGUUAAAAUCUUUAUCUCAUGUCUACCAAACCAUGGAAUGGUAUUUCGAUGAGUGUUUUGGUCCCAACGAUGAUAGUGAAUGGGAUCCAACUGGACUGUUUGUGUUCAAACAAUAAUUGUUAAUGUUAGCAACCAUUUAAUUAUAACAGUAAUUAGUAAUUAAUUAGAACAUUUUAAUUAAUUUUUAUAUUAAAAAUGAAAAGAUAACAAAAAAAUAAAACAAAAAUUCGUUUGUUAAAUUAAAAAAAAAAACUAAAUAAAUAAAAUAAACAAGUGAUGAAUUCAUUUUUAUGUAUGACUGAGUAAAUUUAACACACAAAAUAAAAAAAUUAUAUAAAUAUAUUUAUUAUUAUAUUAUGUAUUAAAUUUUAUUUAUUUAUUUUAAUAAUUAAAAUAUAUAUACAGCAUUUAAAAU